AAAAGAAGUGUCUUACAGGAAGGCUGGAGAGAGAGAGAGAGAGAGAGAGAGAGAGAGAGAGAGAGAGAGAGAGAGAGAGAGAGAGAGAGUGUGAAAGAGAGAGAGAGAGAGAGAGAGAGAGAGAGAGGGAGGGAGAUUGAAAAGAAAGAAGAGAGGGAGCUGAGAAGACUGGACACGGAUCAAGAAGGACAGAGGAGACACAGAAAAGAUUGAAAGGAGGUUGAAUGACAACGUGCGUGGAGGGUCCACGUUGGUACGCCAGGAAUGACGGUUUUACUGGAAUAUAUCCUAACCUCCCUGCUGUUCCCAGCUGAUAUCAACUUCCACGGCAUGACGUCGGCUCGACAUUUACUCUAGAGCGCGCGGGGCAUCCAUGGAAUCAACACGAGACUUUAAACAACACUUAAAAUCGGGCGUCUGUAGUCUGGUUAUUAUACAUUACACUAUUCCAUCGACAAGAAGCCCUUCCUCUAUCUGAGAGACCUUCCUCCUCAACUUCCUGCUAGGCCAUGCUGCAGCAGGCCACACCCUGGUGGGAGGGAGCUCUGGGGAUCUCCCUGCUCCUAUUGGCCCUCCCUCCAUCCAGGUCCGAGCCCGUCCAAUCACAGCUCCAAAACGUGACACUGGCCGUCAUCCUGCCACGCAGCAACACCGACUACCCCUGGGCGUGGCCUCGCGUCGGCCCCGCCCUCACCCGUGCGCUGGAGCGCAUCAACGCUGACCCCGCCCUCCUGCCCGGGCGCCGCCUCCAGCUGGUCUACGACAGCAGCGAAGACAAAGACGGCUUCUGCUCCGACUACGUGGCGCCGCUGGUGGCGGUCGACCUCAAGUUCUCCCACGACCCCUGGGUCUUCAUCGGGCCCGGGUGCGACUACUCGUCCUCCCCCGUGGCGCGUUUCACCUCGCACUGGGAGGUUCCCAUGGUGACCGCCGGCGCCCCUGCCAUCGGCUUCAGCCUGUACCCGUCCAUCACCAACACGGGCCCCACCCACAAGAAGCUGGGGGAGUUUGUGGUGCGGCUCCACCGGUACUUUGGCUGGCACCGUCACGCCAUGCUAAUGUUCUGCGACAACAAGGAAGACGACCGGCCGUGCUACUUCACGGUGGAGGGGCCGUACGAGGAGCUGCGCCAGGCCAACGUCACCACAAAAGACUUGGUGUUCAACGAACACCCCGACAAGGUCAAGUACCAGGAGCUGGUCCAUGACAUCAGCCAGCAAGCCAGAGUGGUGUACCUGUGCUGCUCCAAGGACACGUUCCGCAGGCUGAUGGUGCAGUUCUGGAGGGAGGGUCUUCCAGCGGAGGACUACGUGUUCUUCUUCAUGGACCUGUUUGGACGCAGCCUGGACGAGCAGCCGGCCAGACCCUGGUACCGUGGCGACGAUGACGACCAGGCAGCCAGAGAGGCCUUUAGGAUCAACGUGAUUGCGGGCUCCUUCUAUGACGGAGUGAUGCUCUACUCUCACGUCCUGAAUGAGACUCUGGAGCAGACCGGGGGGCUCCGCCCACACGGUGAUGUCAUCACCAAGAGGAUGUGGAACAGGACCUACCACGGAGUAACAGGGCUGGUGGAUAUAGAUGAGAAUGGAGAUCGGGAGAUAGACUUUGCUCUCUGGGAUAUGACUGACACAGACACCGGAGUCUUCCAGAUUGUGUGUGUGUAUAACACUGGGAGGAAGAAGUUGCUUCUGCAACCAGGAAUGGUGAUCCAGUGGCCAGGAGGCUCCGCCCCCCAGGACAUCCCUGACUGUGGCUUCAAGAACGACAACGUGGCCUGCCUCGCCCGCACAGUGACCAUGCACCAGAUGGUGGCUGUGGUGGUGUGCUUCAUCCUCGUCAUCAUCGUCACUGUCACCAUCUUCAUCUACAGGAAGCUGAAGCUGGAGAGUGAGCUGGCUGCUCAGCUGUGGAGGAUCCAUUGGGAGGACAUCCAGAUGAACAACAUGGAGAAGGUUCUACGCAGGGCCUGCAGCAGACUGACCAUCUCCAUGAGAGGCUCCAACUAUGGCUCCCUGUUGACCAUGGAGGGAAACUUCCAAAUCUACGCCAAGACAGGCUACUACAAGGGCAACAUCACGGCCAUUAAAUAUGUCAACAACAAGAAACGCAUUGAACUGACCCGGAAGGUGCUCUUUGAGCUCAAACAUAUGCGUGAUGUCCAGAAUGAACACCUGACCCGCUUCAUAGGAGCCUGCAUCGAUCCUCCCAACAUCUGCAUCAUCACCGAGUACUGUCCUAGAGGCAGCCUGCAGGAUCUCAUGGAGAGUGAUAGCAUCACCUUGGACUGGAUGUUUCGAUACUCACUCAUCAAUGACAUUGUGAAGGGAAUGGCCUUUCUCCACAACAGUGUGAUUGUAUCCCACGGCAACCUCAAGUCAUCCAACUGUGUGGUGGACAGUCGCUUUGUACUGAAGAUCACUGAUUAUGGUCUGGCCAGCUUCCAUAGAGAUUCCAACAUGGACGACACGCACGCCUACUAUGCCCGGAAGCUGUGGACCGCUCCAGAGCUGCUGUGUGCAGAGAGCCCCCCUCCCUGUGGGAGCCAGAAGGGGGACAUCUACAGCUUCAGCAUCGUGUUGCAGGAGCUGGCUCUGCUGCGGGGCGUCUUCUACCUGGAGGGAGACCCGCUCAGCCCCAAAGAGAUAGUCGAGAGAGUGGGUCGAGGCGAGUGUCCGUACCUGCGGCCCUCUCUCUGCUCUCAGAGUCACAGCGAGGAUCUGGCUCAGCUCAUGCAGCGCUGCUGGAGCCAAGACCCCUCUGACAGACCAGAGUUCAACCACAUCAAACUGCUGCUUCGAAAACACAACAGAGGCUAUGGCUCCAACAUCCUGGACAACCUGUUGUCUCGCAUGGAGCAGUACGCCAACAACCUGGAGGAGCAGGUGGAGGAGAGGACCCAGGCCUACCACGAGGAGAAGCGCAAAGCUGAGGCCCUGCUCUACCAGAUACUACCCCACUCAGUGGCAGAGCAGCUGAAGAAAGGGGAGACAGUGCAGGCCGAGGCGUUCGACUCAGUCACCAUCUACUUCAGCGACAUUGUGGGAUUCACAGCCAUCUCUGCUGAGAGCUCCCCCAUGCAGGUGGUGACCCUGUUAAAUGACCUCUACACCUGCUUUGAUGCCAUCAUCGACAACUUUGAUGUUUACAAGGUGGAGACGAUAGGUGAUGCGUACAUGGUGGUGUCGGGGCUCCCGGUGCGGAACGGGAAGCAGCACGGUCGGGAGAUCGCCCGCAUGUCUCUGUCCCUGCUGGAGGCUGUCAAAACCUUCCGGAUCAGGCACAGACCCAACCAGCAGCUACGCCUGCGCAUAGGCAUCCACAGUGGUCCAGUGUGUGCUGGGGUGGUGGGUCUGAAGAUGCCAAGGUACUGUCUGUUCGGAGACACAGUGAACACAGCAUCUCGGAUGGAGUCUAACGGAGAAGCUCUGAAGAUCAACGUGUCGGAGGCGACCCGGGCGGUGUUGGAGGACUUCCACUGCUUCCAGCUGGAGCUGCGAGGAGACGUGGAGAUGAAGGGCAAAGGUCGCAUGAGGACCUACUGGCUGCUAGGGGAGAGCAGCCCACACACACCCUGA